AACGCAAUAGUGCACCUUCCUGCCGCGUGGAGCUUCCUUCUGGGCCUGUUGAGCUCCCCCCGUCCAUGUGCACACGGCGAACGUCCGACAGGGCGAACCAAACGCAGCAGUCACCACAAUCUUUCGCGAAUGUCGUAGGGGAUUCGCCACGGGUUUCCGUGAAAUGUCUGGGAACUCUGGGAACGCGAACGAACGAUAUUGACAUAACAGCCAGACCCAGCGCGAGCCGCGAGUUAACAGAAUUUGUGAGUGCCUGUAUCGAAGACACCUGAAAGUGCUGUCUGUGUGGGUGUAAAGAAACAAGA